GCCGGCCUGGGGCUCCACCAAGGCGCCGCGGCAGCAUGAGCGGCUCAGGCGCUGCGGGGGCGUCGGCCAGCCCCGCGCCACCCGCGCAGGAGGAGGGCAUGACGUGGUGGUACCGUUGGCUGUGUCGCCUGUCAGGCGUGCUGGGGGCCAUCUCUUGUGCCAUCUCCGGACUCUUCAGCUGCAUCACUAUCUACCCUCUGAAAAUUGCCGCUGGCGUGUGGAUGAUCAUGAACGCCUUCGUGCUGUUGCUGUGUGAGGCGCCCUUCUGCUGCCAGUUCGUGGAGUUUGCAAACACAGUGGCUGAGAGGGUGGACCGGCUGCGCUCCUGGCAGAAGGCUCUCUUCUACUGUGGGAUGGCCAUCGUCCCCAUCAUCAUGAGCCUGAGCCUGACCACACUGCUGGGCAAUGCCAUCGCCUUUGCCACAGGGGUGCUGUAUGGACUUGCUGCCUUGGGCAAAAAGGGUGAUGCCAUCUCCUAUGCCCGGAUCCAGCAGCAGAGACAGCAGGCAGACGAAGAGAAGCUGGCAGAGACCCUGGAGGGGGAGCUGUGACGAGUCCACAGGGGUCCAUGGGCUUCUCUGGAGGAGGCAGAGCACCAGCCCUAUGGGACAGCCUGGGAGAGGACCCCCCCACUGCCUGACCCUCUUCUGCCAGCCUGUUCUCCAAGCCUGGAGCCCUGACUUGGCUGGUGCUCAGGGCCUGGGCUGUAUGGCCCAUCUCAGUGCAGUGGGGAUGGCCACCUGGCCUGAUCCUGCCAGCCUGGCUUAGUGGACUGGGCUUCUGGUGGGUCUGCAGGCCCCACGUGAUAGGGUCCACCCCAGGCCUAGGAGCAGCUUUCCCCAGACACACUGGCCCUGGCUGGGAGUUGAGGGGCAUGUCACCUGGGCUCCGGACUCCCCAACCAGGUCCCUGAGGCCCAAGCACUGAAGCUUAGGGAAAGUCUCCCAGCUCUCCUGGCAGGUGGAGUUCCAAUCCUGCCCAAUUUCCCUGUCCUCAAGGCAGAGGUUGGGGAGAACAAUGUCUCCAAGCUGACUGCUGCUGUCCAGGGACAUGGCCAGUCCUCUGGGAGGGAGCCCAUAGUGCUCCCAAGAUGCACCCCUGCCCCCACAGCAAGCCUGGCAGUGGCUGGCUGGUCAGGUGGACCCCCUCCCAGUCCCUGGCCUGUUGGACAGGCUCCUCCAGGCACCCUAGCUGCUCUGCCUUCUCAGCUGACCCAGGCUGCUGGCUUCUGCCUCUCACUCCACCUCAGGCCCUGGUGCUAAGGGGGUGGGGAGUGGUGCUCAUAAGGUCCCACCCACUCCUCUGCUGUGGUCCUGUGGGUGGUAGCAGCUGCAGCAGCCUAUAGUAGGGACUGAGCUUGGUCCACCUCAGGUAUGCUUGCCAGCCUGCCCCUGGGGAGCUUCCUGCCUUUGUAGAGCUGGGCAAAAGCCAGAGCCCAUCUCCCCCACAGAGCUGUAUCCCCUGUCCCAGUGCCAGGCCACCAGGCACAAGCCUCUAUGCAGGCGCAUGGGGAAGCGGGGACCCCUCCUGGAUGUAUCUGUUCAUGGCCCCCAUCCUCCUCCCACACUGCUGACUCUUCCUCCUGCCCUGUGGCCUUGACCCUGGUUUGAUUAGCAGAUUGGCUCUUGGCCACUAAGCAUAUGUCUGACAAGGUCUGGCCACACCUCGAUGGACCUGGGCAGAAUAGGCUGCUGUGGAAAACGCUGCAUCUGGGCCCAGCUCCCUGUCUCCCUCCCUCCCAAACCCCCAGGUGGGCCUGCAGUGGGCCCCCAGAACUCAGGGACUGGCUCUUGCUCCCAGGAAAGCAGCCCCAGGUCUGUUUCCCAGGGGGAACACACAGGCCUGGAGAGUUUGGGGCUGGGAGCAGGGCCUCUGCCCAGCACUGCCCCAGGACAUGUCAGUGGGGUCUGGAGUGGGCCUUGGCCCUCCAAGAUCCUGGCCAGGCUCAGUCCUAGGUUGGUGGGACACGUGCCUUCAGGGUUCCUUAAGGGCUACCAUCCUCAGGCCCAUGCUGGGCUCAAAGGGCUAUGCGUGUGUGUGCAGUGGUAAGACCCGUCUACCUCCCGGGAGGAGCAGCCCUGCCUGCCCCCCUGCUCACUUGUCUGGGUGUGGGGCUUGAGUCACUCCUGCCAGGCCCCAACCCAUUCAGAGGGACCUUGCUGCAGGUACAGGGAGAGGAGGUGCUGGCUGUGCUAUUAAGGAAGGUGACAUCCACCUUGAGGGGAAACCCAUUGCUGGGCUGGGCAGGCCAUAGGGUGGGUCCGAGGCAGAG